AUGGCUUCCAGGAAUGCAGACGAAGGCGAGGCCACUUUUGGCCCGCUGAGAAUCCCGAGCUCGUACGAUUACGGCCACCUCAGUCGAGACCCCGUGGCGGAGGUUGAGACCGGAGGCCGACAACGGUCGUCCUCGUUCUCUCGGUUCCGGCAGGCGGGUGGCCCCAACAGCAUCGAUAACUUUGCUCGCUCUUGGCAGCGAGCCGCCUGUUUUCCCGAGGUCCUGCCGCAUCGCUCGUCGUUUAUCGACGCGGACUCGGACGAUGAGUUUGCUGUGGCGACAGGUCAGGACUACGCGUCCGGGAGGUCCAACUCGAUUGGCCGGCAUUCCGAUAUAGAGCGUCCCUUACUAUCCGAAGAUUCGGACGGUGACGACCAGGUUGACGGAUCUGACAGACACAAGAGAGGAAUGCCGAUUGCGAGACUUCUUGGCUCUUCACUUGAUCAAAGUUUUGCUGCUUCAUAUGGUACAAUCUCCUCUCGAGUGAGUGAGUCGGCUCGACGAAAUGCGAUCCUAUUCCAUCGCGAGCAGCAGACGGGUGACGGUCUUGGAGAUCCGGACCGUGAGCCUCUGCUUCUGAAACAUGUUCAGCACGAAGACGGGACACAGGAAGAUGUGGUGGUUGGCAAAUCAACUUUACCACAGACGAUUUUCAAUUCUGUCAACGUCUUGAUCGGUAUUGGACUGCUGAGUCUUCCGUUGGCGAUGAAGCACGCCGGGUGGCUGCUGGGGCUAUCCUUCCUCGUAUACUCCGCCAUUACUACAUCAUACACGGCAAAGAUCCUGGCGAAGUGCCUCGAUGUCGACCGUAGUCUCGUCACCUACGCCGACCUGGCGUAUAUCAGCUUUGGGCAGCAUGCUCGUUUGGUGACUAGCUUUCUCUUUUGUCUGGAAUUGCUAGGAGCGUGUGUGGCUCUGGUCGUGCUAUUUGCGGACAGCUUAUAUGCCCUCAUUCCGGGACUGAGUAUUCUGCAAUGGAAGAUGGUUUGUGGGCUUGUCCUGAUUCCACUGAAUUUCCUGCCACUGCGGUUUCUCAGCGUAACCAGCAUUAUGGGAAUUAUUUCUUGCACAUCUAUUGUGCUUCUCAUCUGCGUUGAUGGGUUGCUCAAGCCAGACUCCCCGGGCUCGCUCCGCCAACCGGCUAAUACUUAUCUCCUCCCAGAAAACUGGGCUACUUUACCGCUGAGCUUCGGUCUCAUCAUGUCUCCUUGGGGUGGACACGGUGUCUUUCCUAAUAUCUACCGCGAUAUGCGACAUCCACGAAAGUACGGGAAGAGCUUGUGGGCGACCUACAUAUUUACAUUCUCUCUUGACUGCUCUAUGGCCAUCAUUGGUUGGCUUAUGUUUGGAGACAUUGUGCGUGACGAAGUCACAGCCAACAUCCUCGGACUGGGUACCUACCCCCAGGCAGUGUCCGUUUGUAUUAUUAUCUUCAUUGCCAUCAUCCCGCUCACCAAAGUGCCUCUCAAUGCUCGACCUUUGGUAGCCACGUUCGAAGUCCUGUGUGGCGUGGGACCUGUCAGUGGCCACGGACACUCAGGAGAACCCACCCAGCAGACUCUGCGGGUGGCAGUGCGCAUAUUCACCGUGGCUCUCAUCGUUUUUCUGGCCGUUGUCUUUCCAUCAUUUGACAGAAUCAUGGCGUUUUUGGGAUCCUUUUUGUGCUUCACGAUCUGCAUUAUAUUCCCUCUUGCAUUUUAUUUGAAGAUCUUCGGCAAGGAGAUCAGUCAACGGGAGCGCAUUCUCGAUUGGUUUUUGCUGAUCACAUCCACGAUUUUGGCGGCCGUGGGUACUGUGUGGGCCUUUUUGCCCCGCGAGUUGAUUUCUGGAGACUAG